AUGGCUCCUUCUCUACAUCCUCUCAUCGACAACGGCAUCACGAAGGGCAAAGAAGAUUUCCCCGGCGGAACCCUCCGCUGUUUAUGCUCAUCGAACCGCGUGGAAGUCCAGCUCACCGGCAACGUCCUCCAUAACCACGCAUGCGGAUGUUCGCAGUGUUGGAAACCCUCUGGCGCCCUCUUCUCAAUCGUAUCCGUCAUUCCAGUCGAUAACCUGAAAGUUACCGCCAACGAGAACAAGAUCGCUGUCGUCGACCCGAACGCCACUAUCCUACGCCACGCCUGCAAAGAUUGCGGAGUCCAUAUGUAUGGCCGGAUCGAGAAGGACCAUGCUUUCAAGGGCUUGGAUUUCGUCCACGUGGAGCUGAGUGACGAGAAGGGGUGGCAGGAGCCGCAGUUUGCUGGCUUUGUGUCGUCGAUUAUUGAGCAGGGUUUCCACCCCAAGGGGAUGGAUGGUGUGAGGGAGAAGCUCAAGAGCGUGGGGCUUGAAACUUAUGAUUGUUUGAGUCCGGCACUUAUGGAUGCUUUGUCGACUUUCGCGGGGCAGAAGUCAGGAGCUUUGGCCAGCAAGUUGUAA